AUUGAAAGACCAGAGGUGUAGCCUUUAUAACCAGCAUUACUCAAGUUGAUGUCAACACAUCUUCCUGCGAGACUACAGUCAAGAGACAUCAGCAGAAAUGAAGGCCAUUGUAAUCUUAAGCUUCUUGGGAUGUGCACUUGCACAAGACAGAAUUUUUUCAUGGAAUGGUCCGGGAGAACCCAGUGAAGUUGACCCCAAUGAGAAUGUGUGUCCGACUGAUGUGGCGUCCUGUGGAUGCUGCCUGAUGAAGAAUCAGAUGUGGAAGAUGGAGACCUUUUUCAACAUGAGCUUAAAUGAGCUACAAAGGGGACUGGAGAGAGCUCAUGCAGUCUUAAACAAUAUUCGUGCCAGUCGGAGUGCCUUCUCUGUGGCUCUUACUGAUACACGCCAAUGUGUCGGCCCGAAUCGCGAAGACUCUGUGGUGAAGUAUGGCAGUGUAUUUAUUAACUUGGGAGAUGGCUACAGUACCAACACUGGUGUUUUUGUAGCUCCACGUUCUGGUGUCUACAGCCUGGCACUAACUGUUUAUAGUGAUGCUGGUGCUGCCGGAGCCACACUCGCUGCUUGUGCUCGACUCCGGCUGAACGGACGCACACUCGCAUCUCCGAGUGAGAAGAACAAUCAAGACCAGCAGGACAGUGUUAGCGCUGUGCUAGCAGUGCAGCUGAAUGCAGGAGACCAGGUGGAUGUUGCUCUUCCAGCCGGCUGCUUUCUGUGCGACGAUAACAACCACUACAACACUUUCACCGGGUUCCUGCUCUAUGCAACUGAUUAAUAUACAGACAAUUAAUGCUGUUUUCAAAUAUACAUACUACACGAUUUAUACUGUAUUUGACUUUUUUAAUGUAUAAAAUACAGUACUAAGUGUGCGACAAUUACUUCAUUUAUCUUGUUGUAUGCUCUUUUUGAUUUCAUUAGUGCAAGAAUGCUAUAUAUUGUGAUUUCAAACACAUUUCCUCUGCCCUCUUAACAAAUAUUAUGUUUCUCUCUCUGUGACACACUAUAUGUUUAAAUGAACUAAAACAAGAUGUCUUUCAAGCUACUCUAAGAGUUCAAAAACAAAAUAUGAGGUCAGGGUAAUAGAUUAAAACUGUUUCAAUGCAAAGAACAUAAUCAAAAAUACUACUUUUGUGUUGAAAUAAACAUUAUGGUUAUUUU